GGUCGCGACAUUUGCGUCAACAGCCCAAAAACCAAUGCAGUAUUCAACGGAAGAAAACGUGGAAUUAUUGGACAAUCCUCCAUCCAGUCCCGAUCUAAGUCCUAACGAUUUCUUUACUUUCCCAAAAAUUAAAAACAGACUGCGUGGUCAAAGGUUCCAGUCACCAGAGGAAGCAGUUGACGCAUUCAAAAUGGAUCUGUUAGCAAACGAGUGGAAUAAAUAAGUGCUUCGAAAAUUGGUUCGAGCGCAUGUAGAUGUGUAUCUUCGUAGAGAAUACUUCGAAAAACAAUAAAGUCAUUGAAAACUACCUACC